AUGAACUUUUUCAAAAGGAAGUUCUCAUUUCACGAGGAGGACGGGGAGACAUCGUUAGAAGAUCCGUCGAAUGCUGCACCGGCAAACGCUUUCUCAUUUCAAUCUAUCGCCAGCAGGGUGUCCAGUACUAUCAGUGCCCCAACGUCCCCAGCCAGGUCAUCAGAAUCGCUGGCUGCUGCCCUCGAACGCUCUUUACAGUAUGACCGCAGUAGAGCCCCGCCGGUAAUGCCGCCAGAUGCGAAGGUGUUGCUCGUCAUCGACAGCCAUGCUGUAGACUGGAGCAAGUAUUUCCGGAAUCCAGCCGAAUUCCCCAUAAGAGUCGAGCAGGCUGACUUCCCUGAGCUCGACGUACUUUGCACAGAGCAUAGCCUAACGAUAGAAAUUUGUCAAAAUGGACGGGAUCCGAGAACCUUCUGCCCUCAGGCAGCUUUCGUAGGACCUUCUGCUACGAGAAGCCCACAAUCCAAGACAAUACUACGAGCAAUGAUCGCCGCGGGGAUCCUUUUUGUUAACAGUCAUACUUCGAUGAUAGCGUUUAUGGACAAAAACAACUUGAAAAAACAACUGCGAAAGUUGGUCUUAGCAGACAGUAGUCGUAUCCCUAUACUUCCUACGAUUCACUACCCACACUUCCACAAAUUCCAUCAACCUACCACAUUUCCCGUUGUAAUAUCCGUGAAUGAAGGUUACCAAGGCAUUGGAAAAAUCAAGGUGAACAGCAAUGAAGAGUUGUGCGACGUCGAAGGAAUGCUUCUAAUUAUGGGAAAAGGUGACACGGAGGUAGAAGUCGAACCAUACGUUGAACUCAAAUACGACUUACAUGUCCAAAAAAUAGGCAACGAUAUAAAGACUUUCUUGAGACGAGGAAUUUCGAAGAACUGGAAGAGUAAUGUGGGAUCGUCAGUUCUAGAGCAGAUCCAUACCACUGAUAGGCAUAAGCAGUAUCUGCAUGCAAUCUGCGAGCAUGUUGGUCGGAUGUCGAUCUGCUCCAUAGACAUACUCGUCUCCAAAGAAGGUCGUGAGUACGUUCACGACAUCAACGACGUCAUUGCUCUGUUCGGUGAGUCACAAGAAGACGAUCGUCGGAACGCCGCCGCUUUGUUACGCGCAUUGCUCGCACCUCCUCCGCGACUGCCGUCACGUCCAUCCAUGGAACAUGUGGCACGACACCGGGAAGCCCGCAUACCGUCGCAAAAUAUGCAGCAUGCACCGAAUAUAGAGAAAAAGCCGGUAGAAGUUAUUGAACGGAAAGAGCUGAAGGAGCAGCCUUCGGUGACGUCACAAACCUCGUUUGCCGACGACACCAUGGGGCAGUUGAAACGCACGUUUGCAGGCAUCUUCGGGGACGUGGGAUAG